AUGAUUUCAUAUGUUGCUAAUGCACGUCUUGCAGUCGAUCUCGCCGUGGCCACCAAAAAGACCCUUCUCCGCAUGGAAGCAGGCUGGGAGGUCCUCGUCCUUUUGGUCGCUCUUCAGCGUCCAGAGGUGCUUGAGAACUGUCGCCCUCUCAAGACGCGAUCUACCUUUCUUCAGUUGGAUGACAAUGGAAUCGAGCUCGCGUGA